CCCCAUGAUGUGUUCCUGGGCUGUCUUCGUUCGUCGGUCUUGCAUUGUCGUAUCACGGCGGCUGACAUAUCAGGUUCCCUUAGUACGAAUGGGGACAAGAGCGUUUAGCGCGGAGCAGUCUCCGCCCAGGGACUCUUCCUUUGAUGUUUUCGCCAAAAUUAAAGAUAAGGGGGACGGAAAGGUCAAUAGUGUUGCUGGAGAAGUGAAAAAAAGAAAACCGUCGGAUAAAGUCAUUAAAUUGGUCGACGAUAUAUUAUCAUUAUCGCUCAUCGAGGCCGCGGACCUCUGUGAUUUAUGCCAAGAAAAACUGGCUGCGAGAUCCGGGGGUGUUCCUGGUCGAUCUCCUUUUCCACAUCCUGGUGCCAUGUUUGGUGGUGGUAUGAUGGCAUCGCCUAUGAUGAUGGGGAUGCCUGCUGCUCCUGGUGGGGUCCUACCUCAGCAACAAGUUGCUACACCACAAGCUGGCGGAGAUGUAGAUGCUAGUGAGAAGGCUGACGAGAAGCCGGCUGAGAAGAAGAAAGAACCUGCGAAGAGCGUCGUGACGAUCAAGCUGGUCAGUUAUAAUACCGAGAAGAAGGUGACGACGAUUAAGGAGGUUCGGGCAGUUACAGGCCUCGGUCUCCGGGAGGCGAAGGAUGCAGUGGAAGGCUGUCCGACGGUAAUAAAGAAGGGUGUACCCAUGGAACAGGCGGAAGAGAUCAAGAAGAAAAUGGAGUCAACCGGAGCUCAGGUCGAGUUUGUGUGACGUUUUCUGGUGUAUUUG